GCAGCAGGAGGGAGCAGAGAUGUUUGGAGGCUUUUUUUUAAUAUAAAAUUAUUUAUUUAAAUAAAAAUGGCCGCCGUGGAGAGCGGAGAGGAGAGACUGUAAGUGGGCUUUUACAUUUUAUCCUCCGUUAAAGCGCCGCCGCUGCCGCCGCCUCCGACCGCCGCCGACCAUUUUCUGUCGUGUGUUUUAUUGAAGUAAAAGUGCGUUGAUUUUUACCCCGGCCUGUCUCGGCGGAGCGGGGUUUAGCGGGAAUACGUCACCAACUUACUGCUAAGUCUGUACUUUAGCUGCUGCUGUAGCCGGAGCGGAGGGACGGACGUCAGCUUAGCUUUUAGCCCGCUCUGCGUGCGCCGCCGGGCCGCUCUGACUUCCACAACUCCCCGGGAAGUCAGGCCGGGGGUCGGCGGCGGCGUGUCCGUCACAAAACACCACACGCCCGGUCACCGGCGGUGUGUCCACCCGCCUCCGUCAGACAGGCAGGGAGGAGGGUGAGGAGGGACCUGUCGAGCCUCAGCCCCCCGCGAGAGAGAGAGACAGGUCCCACAGUAAAACCAAGAAGGCCCGCCGGGAGCGCCGCCAUGCUGACCGGGGGGCGGAGACCACAGCUACGGCCACGCCUCCAGCAGCCAUGCUGCAGCCACAGGCGGGGGCGGAGCCACAGACACAGGAGUCGGAGCCGGUGGCGGGCCCCUCAGAGGAGCCGGGAUCAGAGUCGGCUGCCGGCAGUGAGUCUCCCAGGCAGCGCCGCUCCAUCAUCCGGGAUCGCGGGCCGCUGUAUGAUGACCCGUCGCUGCCCGAAGGCUGGACCCGCAAACUCAAACAGAGGAAGUCCGGACGCUCAGCGGGGAAGUUUGAUGUCUACCUGAUCAACUCGGAGGGAAAGGCGUUCCGAUCGAAGGUGGAACUUAUCGCCUACUUCCAGAAGGUCGGCGACACGACCACCGACCCCAACGAUUUUGAUUUCACUGUCACGGGACGUGGAAGCCCCUCCCGCCGUGAGAGGCGUCCCCCCAAGAAACCGAAGGUGGUGAAACCAUCAGGGCGAGGCCGUGGGCGGCCCAAAGGCAGCGGGAAGAUGCGGCAGGCUACAGAGGGCGUCGCAAUGAAGCGCGUGGUUGAGAAAACUCCGGGAAAACUUCUGGUCAAAAUGCCUUUCGGCAAGGCAGAGUCCUCCACUGGCACCACCUCCACUGCCUCAAAGGUGGUGUCUCCUGUCCUGGUGCCCAAGUCCCGUCCCGGCAGAAAGAGGAAAUCCGAACAGGAACUUCCAGCCCCACCACAGACCGCCCCCAAGAAACGGGGCAGGAAACCAGCCUCGGCCUCAGCAGCAGCAUCGGUUGCCACAGCGUCCACAUCCUCGGCAUCAGCCUCUGGUAGCUCGGCAGCUGGGAGCUACGCCGCAGCUGCCAUUUUAGCUGCCGAGGCCAAAAGGAGAGCAGCCAAGGAGUCUUCCACCAAACCAGUCGUCCAGCAAACAGCCCUGCCAAUCAAAAAACGCAAAACGAGAGAGACAGUGGAAGAGAGGGAGAGUGUUCAGACUCCAGUGGCCACAACAACCGAGACUGAAAGAAGGGUCCCUGUAGAGGGGGAGGGAGGUAAAGGUGAGGGAGCUACAACCUCAGAUCCUCGGCCCGCCCCCUCUGAGCAGACCCAGUCACAAUCACAGAAGCAGCCCACUGCUUCAGACGAAAGCCAGUCGUAUGGACACAAGACGCAUAAAGGGCGGAAGCACAAGGAGAAAACGGGAAUAGCGUCAGGAGAUGGAGGAAGCAGAGGAGAGGAAGUAGGUGAAGAUGUAGGCGAUAAGGGAGGAGAGGGAGAAGGAGGAGGAAGGAGUAGCAGCAGCAGCAGUAGCAUUAGCUCAAAAGGCCACAAAAGGAAGGACCGGCCUCCUCACAAACACCACCAUCACCAUCACCACCAUCACCACCACCACCACCGCCACCAACAUUCCUCUGCCUCCCCUGAUCAGCCGCCUCCUCCUCCUCCUCCAGCUUCUGGACACCCACCACCCUCCAGCCAGUCCAGGCCUGAAGUCGAGUCCCAGACUGUGCCUCAGCUCACCACCCAACACUCCCAGCAAGCUCCUCCCAGACCACAGUCCAAGUCUACGACCCAAUCCCUGCCCGAACCUCGGCAUCCUCCUCCUCAACCGCGCCACCAGCCCCAGCCCCGUUCCCUGCAGCACCCUCAGAGCCAGAGUCCCAGCCAGCCCCAAGCCCAGCCUCGAUACCCAGCAUCCCAGCCCUCUCCCACUAGGCAUGUCCUGCCCCAGCAACGGCCCCAACAACCUCCCCAAACCCACAGUCAGCCCCAGGCCUCCCCCCAAAAAGCCCAACCACAGCCUGUCCACUCCUCAACCCAACACCGAACCCAGCUUCAGGCUCAGCAUGCUCCACCUCAGUCACACCCUCCUCAGUCCCCGUCCAUCCUGCAUGUUCAUCCAUCACAAACAAGGCAUCCGCAUCCACAAACCCAGUCCCCUACAGCACUCCAGCCUCAAACCCAGCCCAGGCACCCGUCUCAACCCCAAACCCAGCUCAAACAGCAAUCUCAACCCCUGACCCGGCAGUCACUGCAGCCUCAACUCCAACCCCAGGCCAGGACUCCGGCUCAACUUCAGACUCAAUCCCAGUCCAGAAUCCCAGCCCAACCUCAGCCUCAACUGCAGCCCAGAACCCCUGCGCAAAUGCACCCUCAAACCCAGCCAAGAACCCCAGGCCAAACUCAGCCUCAACCACAGUCCAGGUCCCCAGCCCAAACUCAGCCUCAACCACAGUCCAGGUCCCCAGCCCAAACUCAGCCUCAACCUCAGUCCAGGACCCCAGCCCAGCCUCAACCUCACCUGCAACCCAGGCAUCAAGUGCAGACGAGGCACCCAUCACAACACCAACUCCAGACUCAGUACAGACCACAACCCAGACAAUCUCCCUCCCAGGCUCGGCCACCCCAGUCCCCGUCCCAAGCACAACCACACUUUCAGCGGAUUCAAACACAGCCGCGACCCCAGCCCCACUCUCAGCUCACCAGGCCCCACGUACAGCACCUGUCAUCCCACCGACCAUCUCCCAGCCUAUCCAGGACCAACACAGUCCCCGCUCAGCAGAACCAGAGCGAACAGCCCCAAGAUCUGAGCACCACGCGGCCCGGCCGAGGGAGCCUGCUGCCGAGCCGAGAGGUCAAUGUGCAAGGCGUCAGGGCGGAGGGGAGAGGGGAGCCGGUCAUGGCGUCAGAAAGCAGAGAGGUUUCAGGAGGAGAAAGAGGAUCGAACAGCACCUCGAGGCCUCCCAGCUCCGUGCCUGCUGGACCUCCGGGAGUAGCCGGGGCCGGGGUCGGUGUUGUCCCUGGGGCAGAUGGUAGGGCUAGGCUCCGGGCGGAGCCGGAGGCGGCGGGUGAGGGCAGGGAGCUCAGAGACAUCGUCCCCCAGUCGGCCGUGCCCUGCCCCAGCCGAGAAGAAACUGUAGAGUCACGGACUGUCGUCAGCGAAAGAGUCAGCUGAUCGGUCGGGCUGAUGAACAGGCUGAAUGCUCGGUAGACUGACGGAGAGCACCUGAGUCAGCACCAGGUGGAGGAGGCUGUUCGUGGAGGUUUAGACGAUUUUACACUGUUUUCAGAUAGGAUAGCGUCACACAGAGCUGGCAGGACUGUCGCAGCUUGUACUCCGUCUGAUUCUGUCUGGAGACUCUGUAAAGUUCUGGAUCCGAGAACCAACCCGGGGCACUGAGGGGGACGGCUGGAGAGGAGAACGGAUAGCGUCGUUUUCUAGGAAAAACAAAGAAAAAGGAAAAAUCGAUAAAACAAGUGUGUGUGUAUAUAUAAUCAAAAGGCAGCUGUUGUGACCCGCUAGUCUCCGUGGGGAGGGGGGAGUAGUUUGGAACUAAAAACCAACGCUUAACAACACAUUACUCUGAACGAAACGUUGCUUCCGGAAUAUAACCUCUUUUUUUUUUAUUUCGUAUUUUGAUAGUUUAUUGUUUUGUCUCUGUUAUACAGCUUUAAACUCUGAUAUUAUUGACUGACGGUCCCUUACUCAUCGUCGUGCUGCUGACUGACACUCCCUUAUUUAAAGUCCCGCUCUUAACGGAGGGUCUCUCGCUAAAGCCCUUCCUACUGUACCGACAGUCCCUUACUGAAACUAGUCCUUGACUGAAAGCCUCAGAGGUGAUGUGGGGCGGCGGUUUGCACCUUUAACUGGUUUCUUAGAAAUAUCACACUUUUGUUUCCUCCCCGUUUUCCAUUAAGCCCACAAUAAACAAACAAAUAGGGGGGGUCGGUAAUGUUUUUCACCCACUUCCAGACUGCCCCCUACAGGUAGCGGAUCUGAUGUAUGAGUAUGAGACUCUACUCAGACCUCAUUCUGUCUUUGAAACCCAUCAUCGUUUGAAAUAUUUGAACAACUUGAGGAGUUCUUGAUUCGGAGACUCGGCCUCAAAACUGACGCAGUUUGACGAAAAAAAACCUCGAGCGCCUCUCGUUCGUUUUUCAGGUAUUUCAAACGCAGCGAGUUGUUCUUCCAGGUUAGAGAAUCUUCCAUACUGGUCUUCAUUGAACCUGUUUGUUUUUAGUCUUUUUGUUUCCAAAGGAAGCGCUUUUAAUAUCAAACCAAACCCACUUUUCAGUAGCUUUAUUUUAGUUUUUAGUCUUAAUGGAAGAGUGGGGAAUGGAGUCAUUUUUAUUGUGUCUUUGUGUUGAAUGUCUGGAACAGUUUGCACUUCUCCAGUUUGUACAAUCAACCGCCUGCAUGUCGCUCGGAGACCCUGCAGGACUUCAACCCGGAGCAGCACGUACGCAGAGGUCGACCUCGCCGGGUGGGGAGGGGGGGGGUUACUGUCAGCCAUGUUGGCGGUGUAAGGGAAGAUGUUCUCCAGAAGUAAAAAAACGCCUGAGCGAGGCGCGCUUCAGCUUCACGUGGAGUCAGAUGUGCUGGAGACGGCAACAAAACAAAACUAUUCAGUGAGCAGAAAAUGAUCUGUGAAGUCUGUAAGUCCUGAUCUGAGAGCACAGUUUGAGGUAUCGGAAGGUAGUGAGCGUGGAAAUAUGCGACAAGGUUCAACAAAAUGGCCACCGUUGAUAAUCCCAAUCUAACCCUUUCAUGUAGUUAAUUUUCUUUACGUUAUUUCAGUGUUAAUAGGUCAAGACAGUUUAUAAUCUGAAACUGGGUUUGACCUGAAUGUAAAGAGUCACCUGCUGGGCCCCGCCCUCUAAAUAAUGUCAUUGUGCCUCAUCAGCGUUUUAAUGUACUUUAUUUAUUGUUUAUUUUUUUACAACUUUUACUUUUACAGCUAAUGCUGGCCGCACACUAGAGGAUAAAUCGCCUCGCCGACAGUUGAGAGAUUAUCGGCUUUAUGGUCGCCGACUGGAUCGGAGGCUCCUCGAUUUCGAAUCGUAAAUAUUGGUGAUUUGAAAUCAGGGAGCCUCCGCAGCAGCCAAUGAGAGCGAGCUGAGCGGGAAGCGUCCCCACCGUGUUGUGUCUCUGCUCUAUAAAAUGUAUAAACCUGCUGAUUCCCUCUUUUCAGCCUCAAGUUCGUCCACAGUUUGAUUCUCCUUGUUUUUGUGUGCAAAACACAGCACACACACAAGUUCAACCAGAUCACGCGAGAUUCUGUGAGAUCUGAAAACGUUUAUCAUAAACGCAGAGUGUGUGGUCCUUAGCUCAAACCUUGAGUUUGCCGUUUGGAGGUCGGCUCAUGAGAAACUUAGCUGGACGCUGAGAGAGACUGCGUUCACCCUGCAGGCCUUAUAACUAAAUUAUGAUUUAUUUCUAUUUUUGAUUGACUGUAUUUUAUUCUUAUUUGGCUCAUCUCAGACUUACAGUGUGAACCGGCGACGCCCACGGAAGAAUGUGACGUCACACGCAGCACGCUGUAAACAUGGCGGCAACAGAGGCCUGGCGUUUUAUUUUUAAGUUGAUUUCCGGUGGAAUCUGUGAGCAGAUGAUAUCGAGGACGAGGAGAAAGAGAGCCACAUGUUUAAUUUGUGUUUAAUUACGGCUUUUGUGGACAUUUUUGCGUUCACCGUGGCUCCGUCUAGCGCAGCAUUGUGACGACGGUCGCUCUAGAGUGACGUCAGAGUCUCAUGAACUCCGAUCUGACGUCGCGUUUCAGGCCUGGAUCUGAUUUGGACCACAAAGGAAAGUGGCUCAAAUCCGAACUGGAAGAGAUCAGAUUCUGUGUGAAAUCAGAUUUAAGUCACUUUAGCCUGCAGUCUGAACGCAGCCUUAGUUUCUACUCUCUUAGCAACUUAAACCCAACAGCGUGUUUGUUCUACAGUCUGCCGGCACGUCUCUCUUCUUACUGCCACCAACAGAGAAUGUUAUUAACCGUUAUAAUAACAGAGACGCCCGUCCCGUUUACUGGCCCGGUGUGGCUGCACGUUUUGACAAAUAAACAGGUCUCUAUUAGAAGCCUGGUCUGAUUUUUAUAGUUCUGUGGGUGUUUAAAACUUCUUCCACCGGGUCGCCUGCUUGAGCUGAGCUGCUUAGAUCACGAUACAAAUAUAAAUGUUUAAACGUUUGUCAGUAUGGACAUGAUACACGUGAUAAGAUCGGUUAGAUUCUGCACAGUCCAAUCGUUCAGUUCAUGUUAUGGAAACAAUUCCCACUUUCUAGUAUGGGAAAUAAGCGAGACGAAAAAAGCCUUAUUUUCCCUAACUAAUAUUCAUACUGUUUGAAAUAAACAAUGAAUCCCAGUUUUCACUGCACAGUGCAGAUGGCAGACAGCGACACCAGAUACUGACUGGUUUCUGGACCCCUCCAAUACAGUGAAACUGCACAUUUUGGAGUGGCCUUCUAUUGUGGCCAGCCUAAGGCCUUUUAUUGUGGCCAGCCUAAGGCACACCUGUGAGGUGGAUGGAUUAUCUCAGCAAAGGAGAAGUGCUCUCUAACACAGACUUAGACAGAUUUGUUAGCAAUAUUUGAGAGAAAUAGGCCUUUUGUGUACAUGGAGAAAGUCUUACAUCUUUCAGCUCGUAAUGAAUGAGGGCAAAAGUGUUUAUAAUUGUGUUCAGUGUAAUUUAAGUUUUAUGAUUGUUUAGUUCUUGUAGUCCAAAUCCCGCCUACUUGGUGGCAAAAACCAUGCAGCACAUCCGCAGACAUCACUUCUGAAUGAAGCUUAGAACACCAGAGAAACUAGAACACAAACAACUUGAAAUGGAAUUUAAUGAAAAUAUUAAAUUUUGUGUACGUCUGCAUCUGAGCUCUCAGAUCUGAACUUACGGACUCCGUUUGAAUGUUGAUGCUCUCGCAGUAAGUUUGACAUCCAUAAACCUUUUUUGCACCUGUUCACGUGACUCUUCGGGGGGGAAAGCUCCAGCACUUUAGCAAUGAUGUUGGAACAAUUGAGCUUUUUCCACCACCUCAACCAGAAACAAAUCCAGAAAAACUGAAUGUCUUCAUCCCGGACAAAGUAAAUAUGUGCCUCGCUGUUAAAAGUCCACGCACCUGAAGCUCCCGGUCGCUUUGUUGCACCAUCGUGACCGCGCAACAGGUGAUGUAUGCGUCCGCCUGAGGCUGAAGCGGCCUCACCUCUGCGUACUUGGCGCUCUGUCUGCCGCCCAGUCUGCUCAGAGCAGAGAACCCGUUCGCAUGCUGUCUCUCGCGCAGCUGCAGAAAUCAAACGUCCCUCUGUGAACGGACUCACCAAGACUCGACCCGGCACAAACUACAGUAACCAGCCACCAUAUUGCAUGUUCCAGAGUUUAGUGCCUAUAAUAUUGUGCGUCUUGCCAGAAGCCACCAUGUCAGCCAAGCCAUGUUGUGUUUCUAGACUUAGUAGUGAUGUGUGUGGUGACUUCAUAGUUGCUAAUAUUGAGGAUGAAUAUUCUGCUUUUACUCUGAUUGGAAUUCAGUGGAAACUCCAAUACACUGUCGCUGUAGACAAAACUAGUUUUUACCUGUUUUCUUAUUUUUUUCUUUCUAACUAAAAGCGUUUGUUGUCCCCUGAUCUGUGUUCGUCUGACUGAUUGUUGCUCAGCUGUCUCACGUGAGCCCCAAACGUCUUCAGUUAUCUCCUGUGGAUUUCAAAACAAAAGCAGGAGUCGCAGUUUAACUGGAAAAUUAAAAAAGGUGUUUUCGGAAAAGAGAGCCUAAGCCCCGCCCCUUCCAGUGGACCACCAUGGGACCUUAUUUUAGGAAAAACAUGUUCGGUAGUCAACGGCGAGAGACAAUUAAUGUUUAGAUCCCGUUUGAAUUGUGUCCUGAAUUACACACAUUAUGUUUGUUAGUUUCAAAGAUAAUUUAAGUCAAGAAAGUCACAGUUAAAGAACUCAAAAGUUUGGCGGGACCGGGGCGGCGCCGGUCCGAUAAAUAAAGAUUAAAAGUUAUGUUGCGUCUGCCUGUUUUACAUAAACGGUGACACAGGGCUGGACAAUAAAACAAUUACAAUAA